UGGAUGACUGGUAUGUCAAAACGGGUAGGAAAAAAAAAGGAAACUCUGUAAACAGCAUCUAGCAUACUAGCCAAACACCCAUUUGGUCUGCACAUUAACACGAAAUAUUUCUCAGAUAGACAGUUUAAGAGAAGUUAAUAUCUACGCGCAAUGGAUACAGAAGCCAAACCGAGAAAGCGAAACUACACAGAGGAGAAGUCUGCUUCAGAGCCUUCAGACGAUGAUGACUACGUGCCAUAUGUUCCUGUUAAGGUUAGAAAACAACAGAUGUUGCAGAAGAUGAUGCGUUUGCGAGGGAAGGGUUUGACGGAGGAGGACCAGAAAGACAGCGGAGGAGAACAGAAGGAUGAGGACGAGGGUCUCGGGCCACGCUCCAACGUCAGCCUGCUCGACCAGCACCAGCACCUGAAGGAGAAGGCAGAGGCCCGGAAGGAGUCAGCAAAGGAAAAGCAGCUGAAGGAGGAGGAGAAGAUUCUGGAGAGUGUGGCUGAGGGCCGAGCUUUAAUGUCUGUCAAGGAGAUGGCCAAAGGUAUCACCUAUGAAGACUCUAUUAAGACUAGCUGGAAAGCUCCUCGCUACAUACUGAACAUGCCUGCAGUGAGGCACGAGCGGGUGAGGAAGAAGUACCACAUCCUGGUGGAGGGCGACGGUAUCCCUCCGCCCAUUAAGAGCUUCAGAGAGAUGAAGUUUCCUCAAGCAAUUCUGAAAGGUCUUAAGAAGAAAGGAAUUGUGCAUCCAACACCCAUCCAGAUCCAGGGAAUCCCGACUAUUCUUUCUGGCAGAGACAUGAUUGGCAUUGCGUUCACGGGCUCAGGGAAGACGCUGGUGUUCACUCUGCCCAUCAUCAUGUUCUGUCUGGAGCAGGAAAAACGCCUGCCCUUCUGCAAGAGAGAGGGACCCUACGGACUCAUCAUCUGCCCUUCUAGGGAGCUGGCGAGGCAGACGCACGGCAUCAUCGAGUACUACUGCAAGCUCCUGGAGGACGAGAGUGCGCCUCAGCUGCGCACUGCCCUCUGCAUCGGGGGCAUGUCCGUCAAAGAGCAGAUGGAGGUGGUCAAGCACGGCGUGCACAUGAUGGUGGCCACACCGGGCCGUCUGAUGGACCUGCUCAAUAAGAAGAUGGUGAGUCUGGAUAUCUGUCGAUACCUGGCUCUGGACGAGGCUGACAGGAUGAUCGAUAUGGGCUUUGAGGAGGACAUCAGGACUAUCUUCUCGUAUUUUAAGGGUCAGAGACAGACACUGCUGUUCAGUGCCACCAUGCCCAAGAAGAUCCAGAACUUUGCCAAAAGCGCUCUGGUCAAACCCAUCACCAUCAACGUGGGCCGAGCCGGAGCCGCCAGCUUGGACGUCAUUCAGGAAGUGGAGUAUGUCAAAGAGGAAGCAAAAAUGGUGUACCUUCUGGAGUGCUUACAGAAGACAGCACCUCCCGUGUUAAUAUUUGCUGAGAAGAAAGCAGAUGUGGACGCCAUCCAUGAGUAUCUGCUGCUCAAAGGUGUGGAGGCAGUGGCGAUCCACGGAGGCAAAGACCAAGAAGAAAGAACAAAAGCCAUCGAGGCCUUCAAGGAGGGGAAGAAAGAUGUUUUGGUGGCCACUGACGUGGCCUCUAAGGGUUUGGAUUUCCCUGCCAUUCAACAUGUUAUUAACUACGACAUGCCUGAAGAGAUCGAGAACUAUGUCCACAGAAUUGGUAGAACGGGUCGAUCGGGCAAAACUGGAAUAGCCACAACGUUCAUCAACAAGGGAUGCGAGGAAUCGGUGCUGAUGGAUCUGAAGGCUUUGCUGGUCGAAGCCAAGCAGAAAGUUCCACCGGUUCUGCAGGUGCUCCAGACAGGGGACGAAGCCAUGCUGGAUAUUGGAGGAGAGAGAGGCUGUGCGUUCUGCGGUGGUUUGGGUCAUCGUAUCACCGAGUGUCCCAAGUUGGAGGCCAUGCAGACGAAGCAGGUUACCAACAUCAGCCGCAGGGACUGUCUGGCCAACAGCUCCAUGGACUUCUAAGGCUCUGAUGACACCUUCCUGGGUGUGGUCCUGGAAUGAUGCAAGGUCUGGUCGAGAGGAAAAAAAAAAAUUACAUGAAAGACCCAGGAAUUCCAAUUCAGCAGGACAUUUUUGUGCUGUGACUAUGACUGGGUUUGUAAAAAGGUGCAUAUUAAAUAUCUGUCUUGUCACACACUCUACAACUGCCUUCUUCCUGUGCAUGAACAUUUGAGUUGUGUUAUGGCUGACUCAUAACCUUUCCUAGAAACCUGACCAGCAAUCUACCCACAGAGCAUGAUGAUACAUGCACAGAUACAGAUGUGGCAUUAGGAGAUCUGGAAUUCCAAGUUGCUUGUUGGGAAGAAUUCACUGAAAUAAUAAUAACAAAAAAAGCAGAGUUAGUACAACUGAAUAAACCACAGACUUUUGUACCAGUAUACAGUAUAUUUACACUGAGGUAAUUAUCAUGGCAAGUGAUUAAACAUGAGCUUGUAGUAGCAACACAAGGUAAGAAAUGUGUUUUUUAAUGGGAGAAGUGUUUUUCUUUUAUUUUUUUUCUCCUCUGUUUUGUUUAAAUACACCCCAAUGAAUCUGUAACAGUUUUAUUUUAAAAACUGUUAUUUUUUUUUUUUUACUUUUAAUUUAUUAUUUUUCUGUGUUCAGUGAGGAAAGUAUUAAGUGCAAAUGUAAUAUUUUUGAUAUUGUAACAUACCACUUAAGUAGUUUUCCUGCUUCAUAUGUAAAAUGUCAUGACAUUAAAGUGAACCUGAAAGUA